UCUAAAUGAUUGAUCAGUUUUAUUAUAAUCCUAAUAAAGAUUGCUAAUUAGUUGUAUGAUAUCGUAAGAAUCUUGAUUAUAUUAAUGAAACAUAUCUUUGAAUUGUCAGCGCCGUCCAGCUUAUAAUGUUUUUCGACAUUCUAAUCUGUCCUUGGCAACUUCUUCGCUAAACAUUCCAUUUUACAUAUUUCUAGUUUUAUUUUAACAGAUUUCCUUCCAUAUAUUACAUGAACAUGUCAUAACAUAAAAAUAAAAUACAAAACAAAGAAAAUGCGAAGAACAUGGGUACUCGCGGAAGAAAGCUGUAGGUUUUUAGGUCAACUAUGUAAAACAUAUAUGUAUAUUUAAUAAUUAGUAACCAACAAUCUACAUGCCAAGACUCCUAUAUAUAAAUUAAAUGUAGUGUUUAAGAAGUCACAUACGAAAAAGAAAGUGAGAUAAUAAUAAUCCAAAAAAAAAACUCUUGUUUUUGCCAACGUUUUAGACGAUCAAAUGGCUUACAUUUACCAAAUUUCAGCAGUUGUGUUUCUAGCGGUUGCGAUUGCUCCGCUAUUAGCUGACCCACAGUCACCGAUGUUUCCCGAUAUGACUCCUGAAUGUGCCACGGUUAUGCCUGACCUGCUCGAAAAGUGUUUCGCAACCGGUAGUGUGACGCCAACAGAAGAUUGCUGCACCGAUCUAAAAUCCGCAACCUCAACGCAAGUCACUUGCCUUUGUGAUAACUACAUUGCAAAUCCGGCCGUUGCGAACAUCACUGGACCUUACUCCAAAGCAAUCACAACCAAAUGCGGCGUUUUCGACAAAUUCUCUUGCGACGGUACUAGUAAAGGAGGAGAAGAAAAGAAAGGAGGAAGCAGCAGUAGCAACGGCAAAGGCAAUGGCACGAGUCAGGGAAAUGGAGGAACAACGAACAAGGUUGCUGCAUUAAUGGCUAUGUUUGGUUUGGUUGCAAGUCUGGUCUUUGUUAUGUUUUGAUUUAGUUAUUUUUUAUUCAUAUCAAGAAAAUAUGUGAACCCACCAAAUUUUAUGUAAUUUUUCUUAUUCUUCUUCUUAAUUUUUCCUCCCAAGAAAAUCUGUGAAC